ACCUGCCCUUUCAGCCUACGUUCGGCCAAAAUCCUUCACCCUUUUGGGGAUUUUGAGAGAACCCUUUAUUUAAGUCACGAGGGAGACCCCAACUUUCUGUAAUAACCAGAGGAAUUCUUCUGGUUCUUACUACUUCGCCUCCUAUCAUCGCUGGAUUCUUAUCCAUUUUCUGAUGCGCUUCUGCUGAAAACGAGGCAAAAGGGGAAGAACUAUAUCCGAAUCCCGGUAUUCUUUCGUGUUCUUCAGUUCUUUGAUUCUCUGUUGGGUUCUUUCGAUUCCAUUCGCCUUUUGUGUUUGUGGGUCAUUUGAUUUUGUUGGGGGUGAUGGCGGUGGACUCGUUCUUGUUGGAGACGGCGGGGCCUCCCACCGCCUACGAUUCAGUGUUCAUGAUUUUGAUGUUUGUUGCUCGUUUGUGGGUGGGGAUUAUUGUGGGAGUGGUUGUGGGAUGGAUUUGGAAGCCCAAAUGGGUGGAUUCCAAUAAGGGUUUGUUCAUUUCGUCCAAGUUGAAGGAUAAUCUGCCGACAUCUUGCUUUGUGGGUUCAAUUUCUAGUUUGAAUUCCUUGAACAUUCUGCCUAAAUGCUUGAAUUUGACGUCAAAUUGUGAGGAUGAACAAGAAGAACAAGAAGAACAAGAAGUUGCAGCAUCCAUCUCCAGUUCAUCAGCACCAGCUGAGUUAACGGAGGAGGAUUUUAAGUAUUUGUACAAGCUUGUUGAGGAGAAAGAUGGAGGGCCGUCAUGGAUUCAGAUGAUGGAUCGUUCUACCUCUACCAUGAGCUAUCAAGCAUGGCGGAGAGACCCUGAGAGGGGGCCGCCGCAGUACCGAAGUCGAACGAUUUUUGAGGAUGCGACGGCUGAGAUGGUGAGGGAUCUCUUUUGGGAUGAUGAAUUCAGAAUGAAAUGGGAUGAUAUGCUUAUAAGUGGUCGAACAUUGGAGCAAUGUCCGACCACAGGGAACAUGACUGUCCACUGGGUGCGCAAGUUCCCUUUCUUCUGCAGCGAUCGAGAUUACACGAUCGGACGAAGAAUCUGGGAAUCGGGACAGGCGUAUUACUGUGUGACGAAGGGCGUACCUUGUUCCUUGAUACCAAGACAGAAGAAGCCAAAACGAGUUGACCUUUACUACUCAAGUUGGUGCAUCCGUGCAGCUGAAUCGAGAAGGGGUAACGGCGAGCUGAGUGCGUGCGAGGUGAUACUAUUUCACUACGAAGACAUGGGCAUCCCAUGGGAAAUUGCAAAGCUGGGGAUUAGGCAAGGGAUGUGGGGAGCCGUCAAGAAGAUCGAUCCCGCUUUACGUGCAUAUCAGAAGCAUAGAGCUUCCGAAGCGCCGCUUUCAAACUGUGCUGUGAUGGCUAAUAUCAACACAAAGAUGAGUUCAGAGUAUGUGAUGAGAUGCUCAGAAGAUGCAUCUGACAAUGACGAUGGUUCCUCAGAGGUCGGAAGUUUGGAGCCCUCUGAGAAACCAGCAGCAGGGAAGAACUUGCCAAAGCUUCUUAUGGUGGGCGGAGCGAUCGCCCUUGCUUGCAGCCUCGAUCACGGCCUCUUAACCAAAGCGGUCGUGUUCGGAGUGGCCCGAAGAUGUUUGAACAUUGCAAAGAGAUGAUCAGUACAACAAAUCUUAUAAUCAGAUUCAGCUUAAGCAUUGUUUCCAUGAGUGACACACAAAGAGGAAGCCCUUUGAAGGUGGUAAAUUUGGUUUUGGAAUUUCCCCUUUUGAGUUGUAAAAAGAAGCUUUAGAUUGUAGGGAAGGAGAGAAGAUUGAACAUAGAUUUAGGCUUCAUAUAAACCCUCAAUUCUCUGUUCUUCUUACUCAGAUGGGGGGAGUGUUUAUGGAAUAAAUAGUGGAAAUUAAGAAGCUAUCCUGUUUUA